CUCCCCCAAAUCCAAAUGUCGGUUUUCCGCUUGUGUAUGUGUGUGAUGUUUUGUUUGCUUGCAGACAUGGAUGUGUAUUUGUGUAAUUUGUAGUAAUAAUUUGACGGUAAUUAUAGCAAAAUCGGGAAGGUCGCCGAGUAAUUGAUGACCUGCUGUCGGCGAAACGAAUCACAAUGGUCAAAGGGCGCCGCGUGAAGGCUUUAGUAGCGAAUACGUGCACCACGGGCGUACGGAAUUGCUAUCCGACCCGAAGAAAAGUCAAAAACGGGGGCGUCGUAAAGGACCUCGAUAAUUGCAUAACCUCGUAUUUUAAUAAGAUAGUAGAUUCCGACGAUGAUUUCAAAGACGACUGCAAAAUUUCGUCGGGCUACGACGCGAAGGAGGCCCUCUUGAUGGUCGUCGAAGAGUCGAUCCUCAACUCGACAAGCAGAGCAUCGACCCCUCACCGUAUCCAACUCAAUUCGGACGAGGAUAAAAAGUUCGUCAAGGGAAACCUGAUCAGGAGCAACUUGAACGGGAAGUUGGCGGUAGAAUCGAUCGAUAAUCACAAGUUGACCGAGUAUUUUCCAAUACGGAGAUCGGAACGUAAGACUAAACGGACGGUUCUCGAGGAGAAGCGGAAGAAUUUGGAGCAGCUUUUGAGGGAUGGUAUCGAGGAAGGAUUAAAGGUGACUUACUUUGAAGGGAAGGGCCGCGGCGUGGUUGCCGCCAAACCCUUCAGUCGGGGCGAUUUCGUGGUCGAGUACAGCGGCGAACUGCUAGAUGUCACUGCGGCAAAAAUUCGAGAAGCCAAGUACGCCGAAGACGAAACGACAGGGUGUUAUAUGUAUUAUUUUAAGUAUUUAAAUCAGCAAUACUGCAUUGACGCUACCGCCGAAUCUGGACGCCUGGGUCGAUUGGUCAACCACUCGAGGAACGGCAAUCUGAUCACCCGGACGGUAUCGGUCGACGGUUAUCCCCACCUAAUACUUCUCGCAAAGGACGAUAUCGCCGUUGGCGAGGAGAUAAGUUACGAUUACGGAGAUCGAUCUAGGGAAUCUUUAAAGAAUCAUCCUUGGUUAGCGUUUUAGUAACUAAAUUUGUGUAAUCGCAACGUUUUUUUAGUACAACAUUUAGCUCACUGCCUUAACAAAUAUAAAUUAUUUAUAGGCUAUUCCAAAUUGAAUAGUUAGCAGUAGUAAUUUUGUUUUAGUAUUGUAGGUUAUGUUAAUUUUUGACAUUUAUUUAUUUCGCCGACUGUACCACGUUUUAAAAUAAUUUUUUUUUUGCCAUAUAUCGUCCAUGUGUUCAUUUAUAAAAUUUUAUUCCAUUUCGAAAAAUAUUCCUGAGACAUGGACAGUGAGAUCGUCGUUCGCAAUAUGGCUAAAAAAAUUCUGGAUAAUUGAUAAAUAAAAAUGAAAUUGAUUGAAAAGGGUAUUAUUCUGCUAAAACCUUAGGGACAGAAAUGAAAACCACUGCAGUGUCGGUGCCGAACGAGGGGCAGCCUACCAGUAGAGGAGUCUGAUUAUACAUUUAUGUGUUUAUUCAUUUGUGCUGUAACUGCUUCCAAUUAAAGAUUU